AUGGAUCAUGUAUGGGAAUCCUAUCAAUUUGAUUUUGGUAUUGUAUGUGGUGAUUUUAAUUUACCUAAUAUUAGAUGGUCUAAUAGGGACUCUGGCCUUGAAUAUGAUGGUUCUGUUACUGAUAAAGUUCGUCAGAUCGGUGAUCAAUACGAAGCCCUUCACUUUGAACAAAAAAAUAAUGUCCCUAAUAUAUCUAACUCUUUCCUUGACUUAGUUUUUACAAAUAACAAAUUUGUCAAAGUUGAGGAAUCAUCUGAGCCUCUCUUACCUUGUGAUAUGCAUCAUCCAGCGCUUACUAUAUCCUGCACAUGUCCCUUAGAUAUCCCUGUCCUUAAUAAUAGUCAUUCUUUUCACGAUUUCAAACAUGGUAACUACGUUAAGGCAAACGAUGAUUUACGCAAUAUUAACUGGGCUCAUCAUUUAUCGUCGUUAACGACAGAGCAGUCAGCUAAGUUCUUACAGAACUCACUUCUGCAUGUCAUUGAUCACUGUGUACCUUUGCUCACUUUUCGUAACUCAUCCUUUCCACCCUGGGUAACUAAGAGCCUCAAGGAUCUUUUGGUCAAAAAGAAACAAGUCCAUAAAAUUUUUAAAACAUUUGGUGGAUUUAAUAAUUACCGUUGUUUCUCUCUUUUACGUUCUCAAUGUAAAUUUGUUUCAAAAAAGCUGUACAGAUCCUAUACGUGUAAAAUGCAAGAGCAGUUGUGUAACAAUCCACGCUCGUUUUGGGACUAUGCCCGUAAGGCUCAAGGUAGUCAGAAUAUUCCGGAGAAAGUUCAUCUCGAUAGCAUAAGUGCCUCCGGUGAUCAAGUUUCUGAUCUAUUCGCUUCUUAUUUUUUCUCGGUUUAUGUUAAACCUAGGGUGAUAUCUGAUGCUCAGUUGAACUUGAUAACUACAAAGCAAUUUUCGUUUCUCCCAUCCUCAAUAACAAUUACCCCUGACGAGGUGUCUGCUGCUUUUGAAUCACUUGCUACUACUCGGGGUUCCGGACCUGAUGGUAUUUCAGCCAUCUUUUUGUAUCGUUGUAGAAACCAUCUCAUUUUGCCGAUCUGUGCGAUAUUUAACAAAUCUCUAGCAGAAGGAAUCUUCCCCUCCGUUUGGAAAUGUAGCCGUGUUACACCUAUUCUAAAAUCGGGGGACCCUACUGAUGUCACUAACUAUCGGCCUAUUUCUGGUCUACCAUUCUUAGGCAAAAUGUUUGAAUCGAUUGUUCUGAAGCGUAUCCAACUUCCACUCUUGUCAACCAUCUCGGUUGACCAACACGGAUUUUUUCCUGGUUGGUCAACAUCUACCAAUCCAAUUGAUUUUGUAUCUUUUGUACAUGUUGCUUUUUCAGCUAGGCGGCAAGUUGACGUUGUUUACACAGACUUCUCAAAAGCUUUCGACUCGAUUGAUCAUAAUACACUGAUAUAUGUCUUGGAUCGGUUAGGAAUUGGUGACCCACUCCUAACCUGGUUGUGA